AUGUCUCUUUCAAUACCCAGCGCCCCGAAUGCGGGCCUCUUCAAGCAAGGCUACCAGCACUACGACGCCGAAGACGGCGCCGUCCUCCGCAACAUCGACGCCUGCCGCACCAUCGCGUCGACCGUCCAAACCAGCCUGGGCCCCUACGGCCGCAACAAGAUCGUAAUCAACCACCUACAGAAGAUGAUCCUGACCUCCGACGCGGCGACCAUACUCCGCGAGCUCGACGUCGUGCACCCGGCCGCCAAGCUGCUGGUCAUGGCGAGCCAGCAGCAGGAGGCCGAGAUGGGGGAUGCGACGAAUAUGGUGAUUGUGCUGGCGGGGGAGCUGCUGCGGAAGGCGGAGGAGCUGCUGAGGUUGGGGCUGAAGACGGGGGAUGUGGUGCUCGGGUAUGAGAGGGCGGGAGAGGAGGCAUUGAGGGUGUUGGAUGAGCUUGUAGUGGACAAAGUCGAGGACAUGCGGGACCUGGGCGAGUUGAGCAAGGCUAUCAGCACCGUCAUUGCGGCGAAGCAAUCGGGCAACGAGGACUUCCUGGCGGACAUGGUCGCGGAGGCUGUCCUAGCCGUCCUGCCCAAGAACCCGGCAAACUUCAAUGUGGACAACAUCCGCGUGGUCAAGAUCAUGGGCGGGUCCCUGGAGCAGAGCCGGGUAGUCAAAGGCAUGGUCUUCGGCCGCGAGCCCGAAGGCACCGUCAAGAAAGCCAAGAAAGCCAAAGUCGGCGUCUUCAGCUGUCCGAUCGACAUUAGCCAGACAGAAACAAAAGGAACAGUACUGCUGAAAAACGCAAAGGAGAUUCUAGACUUCACAAAAGGCGAGGAAGAGCAGAUCGAGAACACUGUUAAAGAACUACACGACUCGGGCCUCAGAGUCGUCGUCGCAGGCUCCACAAUCGGCGAGCUGGCAAUGCACUAUCUAAACCGCUACAAUAUCCUCGUUAUUAAGAUCCUCUCGAAAUUCGAGCUCCGCCGCCUCUGCCGCGUCGUCGGCGCCACUCCCCUCGCGCGCCUCGGCGCACCCAUGCCCGAUGAGAUGGGCAGCGUAGACGUCGUCGAGACGCUCGAGAUCGGCGGCGACCGCGUCACGGUCUUCAGGCAGGAGAACGAAACGACCCGCACAGCGACGCUCGUGCUACGCGGCGCGACGCAAAACCACCUCGACGACAUCGAGCGCGCCGUCGACGACGGCGUCAACGUCGUCAAAGCCAUCACCCGGAACCCGAACCUGGUCCCCGGCGCCGGAGCAACAGAGAUGCAGCUCGUGGAGCGCAUUACCGCGUUUGGCGAGAAGACGCCGGGGCUCAUGCAAUACGCCAUCAAGAAGUACGCCGAGGCGUUCGAGGUGAUACCACGCACGCUGGCGGAGUCUGCUGGCUUGGACGCGACGGAAGUCCUCAGCAGACUGUACACGGCGCAUGCGGCGCAGAAGAGCAGGAAAGGCGAGAAGAACUGGUGUACGGGUGUUGAUAUCGAGAACGAGGAUGGCACGGGCACGCUGGAUGCGGAGGACGAGGGGAUCUUGGAUCUGCUGGUCACGAAGCAGUGGGCUAUCAAGCUGGCGACGGAGGCGGCGAGAACAGUGCUCAGUGUGGACCAGAUUAUCGUGGCUAGGCAGGCGGGAGGGCCCAAACCGCCUGGUCCCAACCCGAACUGGGAUGAGGAUUAG